UCCUAUAUCACCAGUACUUGUCAUAACCCCCAGAAGAAGAACGAGCACACUUCUCGUUCUCAAGCAUGAAGCUUUUCUUUGAAAGCCUUGGAUUUACACUUCCUUAUCUCAUUUUCUUUGUUCUUGUGACAAGCUUACUUCACCUGAAUGCUGCAGUCCCUACCAUAAAAUUACCCAACAAUGAAACAGUUCCAGCAGUUCUUGUGUUCGGAGACUCCAUAGUUGAUACAGGCAACAACAACAAGAUUAUAUCUAGUGCCAAGUGCAACUUCCCUCCUUAUGGGAGAGAUUUCAUUGGUGGAAAACCAACUGGAAGGUUCAGCAAUGGCAGAGUCCCCUCAGACUUCAUAGCUGAAGCAUUUGGUGUAAAGAAGUUCUUGCCGGCGUAUCUUGAUCCAAACCUGAAGCUUGAAGACCUCCUAACAGGAGUCUGCUUUGCCUCCGGCGGAGGUGGUUAUGAUCCUAUCACUUCCAACAUACCCCCUGCAUUUUCCUUGUCUGAUCAAUUACAACAGUUCAAACAAUACAUAAAUAAGAUAAAGUCAGGUGUUGGAGAAGAAAGAAGUGCAACAAUAGUAUCCAAAAGCAUAUACGUAAUCUGCACAGGAAGCAAUGAUAUUCUUAAUACUUAUUAUUCUACUCCAUUCAGGCAAUCCCACUACACUAUUGAUUCCUAUGCGGACUUCUUGGUUGGCAUAGCUUCAAGUUUUAUCCAGGAACUCCAUGGACUUGGAGCAAGAAGAUUUGGGGUGCUGAGCAUGCCACCACUUGGGUGUGUGCCAUCUCAGAGAACUACACGUGGAGGCAUACAAAGAAAGUGUGCAGACUAUGCUAAUAAAGCUGCAACCCUCUUCAAUUCCAAGCUAAUCUCUGCUAUGAAUUCUCUCAAUUCAACUCUUUCUGAUUCCAUUCUCUUAUAUCUCGACGUCUACAAUCCUUUGCUCUCUCUCAUCCAAAAUCCUGCCAAAUAUGGCUUUGAAGUUGCAACAAAAGGAUGCUGCGGCACAGGAAAACUUGAGGUUACUUACCUUUGUAAUAGCUUCGAUGAUCCAUUAACGUGCAAAAAUGACACAAAAUAUGUAUUCUGGGAUAGUUACCAUCCUACAGAGAAGGCUUAUGAUGUCCUUAUCACAAUUGUCUUCAACAGUACUGUUCAGAAGUUGUUGCGAUGAUCGAUGCUCCCUCUUUCCUUUCUGUUUCCAUUAUUGUUGUUAGACAAUGAAUUUGAUAAAAAUAUAAUUCAUCUUGAAGAUGAUUAUCCAUUAUGAAGAGAUACCCAUUUCUAAAGCUGAAAUAAAUCAUUUUACUUGGUA